AUGGUCCUUGAAUAUCCCCCAAAAGUCCGACACUUCGUUUGGCGGGCUACAUCUGACAUCCUCCCCACCCGGGCUGCGCUUUUCCGGAGGAAGAUUGCGCAUGAGGCUCGCUGCUUCCGGUGCGGUCACGCGAAUGAGUCAUCCAUUCACAUGGUACAGGUCUGUUGUGGCAUGGAAAAAGUUUGGCAGGCAGCUGCAUUCCUCUUGGAAACCCUCGCAACGACCACCUCCUCGUGGAACUGGUUCGAGUAUCUUUCUCGGAGUCUGCCGGAUUAUUAUUUUCGACUUGCUAUCAUUAUCACAUGGAAGGUUUGGAGUAAUCGGAAUUGUGUCUUGCAUGGGGAUGCCGCUACACAUCAAGAAAAUAUAAUAGAGUGGGGGACGAGGUAUCUCGACGAGUUUUUGUCCCAUCAAAUGCCGAAGACCUCUUUGAACCGAGCGCAAUACUCGUCCGCAUGGUCCCCUCCUCCGGUUGGCUAUCUAAAGUUGAAUGUUGAUGCUGCUCUUCCCGCCGGACAGCCCCAUUACACGGUCUCGAUGGUUGCGCGGAACGAGGAAGGAGUUUGCAUUUGGUGGGAAGUAAGGACCUACCCUGGCUCGCUUAUAGCGGAGGAAUGCGAGGCACAUGCAGCCUUGUUUGCACUCCAAUGUGCUCAGCGCAAGGGAUGGCAGUCGAUCAUAUUGGAGGGAGAUUGCUUGGGCGUUAUUGAAGCUCUUCGAGCUGGCACUGAUCUGAGUUCAUCCAUUGGAGUGUUCGUCGACGAAUGUCUGUCUUUGGUUCCAUUUUUCUCCUCUUGCUCUUUUUCGUUUGUUAAACGGUCUGGUAACAAAUUGGCUCAUUGUCUAGCCACUAGCUUUCCAUUUCCUUGUAAUGAAGGUGACACCCUUCCAACUGGUUUGGCUUCUUAUGCCUAA